GAUUGAGAUUACAAAAAGGUCCAAGCCUCUCCUUUGCAGGUCCCAGGGUGAGUCUCUGCCUAUCCGUCAUUCCUUUUGGUCUUUGGAGUUUUUUUAAAAACUCGGGGAGGAGGGGGGAUUUUCUGGAGGGCAAAAAGUUCCCCUCCUGGGCUCAUGUGCAGGGCUGGGACCAUGAAAAGGAAAGCUUGUUCAGUCCCAGAAGGUAGUGGUCGUGGGCAUUAGGAGCCCUCCCCCCCUGCCCCCCAGAAUAGGCUAGAAGAGAGAGACCUUGGGUCUCUCUCAUCCAUUCUCUGCUCAACACUGACCACCAUGCUGUGCAUAACAGCCGGAGCCAAAGUCAGGCUUCCAGCAGCUGAAGGAAGAUGUACACAGAUGAAACCCAGAAAUCCAGGGGGACCCCCAAACUCGGGAACCCAGGUCCUUCUAUCUGACACCUUUUCCCAUUUGCUGGAUAGGGGGCUCUUUCAGAAGCCUCUUGUUGAAGGACUGGUGUUAAGGAAGACUGGCCAGCAAGGGAACCCCGAGCCGGUAGAGUCGGACACCCAACUCAGAGGCCUCCGUGCCAGAGCCAGGUAGCUGGGACCAGACUGAAGCCUCUCUCCCCAAAGGGCCGGGGAUCCGAUCCUUUGCAGGCCCAGGAGGAUCAUUACAGACUAUUGAGAGUCCAGGAAGCCGUGGCCUGCUCAACCCGCCCCCACCUCCAGCAGGCUCAAAGCCGGCACCCCUCACCUUCAUAAACAAACACCCAGGGACACAGCCUACCUACACAAACCUACAAUAAACACAACCACCAGCAGCCGCAGACACUCCCGCCCAGGACUGCAGGAAUAAAGCUAGGACCGGGGACUUCCAACCUUGCCUCUGAGGCCACCAGGCUUGGUCCCUGCCCCUCUCCGGGCCUCAAUUUCUUCACCUGUAAGAUGGCGGAGGUGCAAAGGGCUGGGAGGGGUGCUGAUCUUCAGCUACUGUUUCUACCUCUCGCUUGGAAAGCCAGUCUCCCAGGUACCGGAACCUGCCCCUCCUACAGGUCUGGUCACUGGCCUUCCCAGGGCCAAGAUGAGGCUGGCCUCCCAGGCCGGGCGGCGCGUAGUAGGAGCGCGGGCGCGCGGCGGGGCGCAGAUGCCCGCAGGUGCUCGGAGUGGGGGUGGGAGUCUGGUCCGGGCCACCGAGAGUGACUAAGGCCCGCGAGGUGCACUGCGCUCCGUUCGGUCACACUGCCCCUCCACCCCCAAUCCGGGGAGGCCGAGACAGAUUCCGUCUAAAGGAGAUCGCGGCUCAACAGGUAAGGACUCGGCUAGGUUCAGGAAUGUGGAAAUACGACUCGGAGCAGCUACGGCGGCGAGCAGCGAGUGCUGCCCGCCCGGAGCCCGCCCGGCCGCGCCAGGGGGAGCGCGGCGAGAAGGGGCCGGGCGCAGGGCCCCGGGCGGGCGGGGGCGCGGGCCCCGGACGGAGCCCCGAGGCUGCUGCGCCAGCCCCGCGGCCCAUCCUGAGCCAGCCGGACGAGUUGUCAAGGUAAUUUCAACAUGUCCGGGUGAUGGAUAGAGACGCAGGGCCGCAGCGGGUGCGGGGGCCCGCGCGCUCGCGGCGGGUGCACGCUCCGAUCUCCCCCGCCCGGGAUGCCCCCCGCCCCCCGGCUCGGCGCGCCCUCUGGGCGGCGAGCGCUCGGCCCGGGCUCGACGCCCAGCGCAGCCCGGGGGAGGGAAGGCGCGUCCCACCCCCGGGGCCUGGAGCCCAAACAGGUGAAAGUACGCGCCCGGCACGCUCGCCGCUACCCGCGAGCCCCGCUGCGGCCGUCCGCGGGCCGCGCUGUGCCUGCUGCGUCCUGGGCUCCGCGCCCCUCGGGAACACUCCUGGCUCGGGGUGGGGGGGGGGGGGGUCGGAUGAGUCUGCGAGGCUGAGGCGAGGGCCGGCCACACGGGCCACUCAGAAACGCCCUUCCCCCCAACUCGGGUCCCUAGGUCUGCUGGAGGAGGCUCCCGAGGCUGCCGGCUCCCCUUCUGCCGCCCCCGCCCACAGGAAUACUCACCCGAGCUUCACGUAGAGGACGCCAAAGCAGAGAAACACGUGACUCGCGGCCCCGGCAAGCGAGCUGCGAGCAGGCGAGCGCGCCCCAGGUAGGAGGAUCCGCCUCCCGCCCG